AUGGUUGAAAAACCCGCCCAAGAAUCUGCGUUUCGAAAAAAACGCGAUCACCAAAAGGAUCGACACACCCCUCAACUAGCUCGGAGAGUUUCUUUGGUCCUCCGGGCUGAGAGUUGUACCUUCUCCGACUUCAUCUAUAGUCAUUCUUUUGCAGAGUCAGGCUCUUUGUUAUUCCUCGCUUGUUACACAUCACUACAUACGCGAAACAUAUAUUUUUUAAACAAACCAAAAGGGACACAUAUCAGACAGAACUCUCAAUUGAUCGUAUUGAGAUUUAGCAAACACAAGAUGGUUGUUAUAGCGGUUUCUAUCGUCACUCGCCAAGGCAAGCCCUUGCUUUCGAGGCAAUUCAGGGAUAUAAGCAAAGAUAGAGUUACGGAACUUCUCUCUAACUUCCAAGGACUCGUGGCAAAAUCCUCCUCGCAACACACAUUUGUCGAGGACGAACAUGUUCGAUAUGUUUACAAACCAUUCGACGAUUACUACAUCAUUCUAAUUACGAACCGGCAGUCUAAUAUCAUUCAAGACUUAGACACUUUGAAGCUUUUCUCACAGAGCAUGAACACAUACCUCAGUAGUUUUGAUGAGAACGAAAUAUUUGAAAACGCAUUUGAGAUUUUGAGCUCUUUCGAUGAGGUAAUUACCAUGGGGUAUAAGGAGAACUUAUCAAUUUCUCAAAUCAACACAUAUCUUUCCAUGGAGUCUCAUGAAGAAAAGAUUCAAGAGAUCAUUGAACGCAACAAAGAGUUCGAAGCGGCAGAAGAACGGAAGCGUAGGGCUAAGGAGAUUUCCAGGAAAGAGCAAGAACGUAAAAUGGGCGUUUCCCCAAUGGGCCUUGAUGCGACAAGAUUCCAAGCUUCAAAUGACCCAAAUAUUUCGAAUGCGUACAAUAGCUAUUAUAGCCAGGCUUCUGCAGCUGCCCAACAAUCAUACCUGCAGUCUCAACAAAAGGCCGUAAGCCCAGAGCAGGUUGCAAGCAUCGGGACAGAAGUUUCUUCCUCUCUGGGGCUCGGUGGAAGAGGAAUGAAGCUAGGUAGGAAAAAGAGCCUCGGCUCACACUUACAGCCUACAAAGCAAGCUCCUGCCCCUGCUGCUUCAUUCCAGAUCGAAGAGUCUGAAAAGCCCGCCAACAACGGGAUUUUGGUAUGCGUGAAAGAAGUUGUUAGUGCAGAGAUCUCUCGGGAGGGCAAUGUGUCAAGUUCAGAGCUCAAAGGGAGCCUUGAAUUGCGUGUUAACGACAAGAACCUUGCCCACGCCAUAAUCCGUCUCGCUUCUCAUGUUGACGUGAAGGACAAAGCCUUUCAAUUUAAGACACAUCCUAAUAUUGAUAAAAAUAUGUUUUUAUCUUCAGGAGUUGUUGGUUUACGUGAUCAAAAGAAGGCCUUCCCCUUCAACGACCAAAGUCUGGCUGUACUCAGAUGGAGAAAGGUUGGUGGCGCAGAUGAUAAUAGCCUUGUCCCAAUGGGUGUAUCAUCCUGGGUUUCUCCCUCUGACUCUAACACAGGUAUGUUUGAUGUCACCUUGGAAAUUGAAAUGAAUGAAAACUACGAAAAUCCCCUUAACGAUGUUCGCUUUUGCAUUCCUGUUUACACCGAAAACGUCCAUAUCAACGAUGAUUUUAACGAUCUGGGUGCCUCAAUCGAGAGCGUGGAUGAUGAGAACGGAAUAAUCGUGAAGAUUGAGACCAUAGCGCCCGGUACUACAGCAGCUGUUGGGCUUGCCUUAGAAGCUGAGUACGAGGAUGCCCUCUUCCCCAUGACUGUUCAUUUCAGCAACCAUGCCGCAUUGUCAUCAUUUUCAAAGGUUGAGGUGGCCGACGUGAUUAGCACAAGCGAGGAAGCGAGCCAGCUGCAAUUUGAUACAAUUUCCAGCAUUAGAACUGAUGACUACACUAUUACCUGA